AUGUACGUGAUCAAGCGAGAUGGGCGCCAAGAACCGGUUCGUUUUGAUAAGAUAACUGCUCGAUUGAAGAAAUUGAGUUAUGGGUUAAGUAAGGAUCACUGUGAUCCCGUGCUUGUUGCCCAGAAAGUUUGUGCAGGGGUCUAUAAAGGUGUCACUAGUACCCAGCUUGAUGAGUUAGCCGCUGAAACUGCGGCUUCUAUGACUGCUAAUCACCCUGAUUAUGCUUUGUUGGCUGCGAGAAUUUCAGUUUCGAAUCUGCAUAAGAAUACAAAAAAAUCCUUUUCAGAGACGAUCAAAUUAAUGUAUAAUAAUUAUAAUAAGAGGUCUGGGCAGAAGGCUCCUCUCAUCGCGGAUGAUGUCUAUCAAAUAAUCAUGAAGAAUGCUGCACGGUUGGACAGUGAGAUCCUCUAUGACAGAGAUUUUGACUAUGAUUAUUUUGGCUUCAAAACUCUUGAGAGGUCUUACCUUUUGAAGGUUGAUGGAAAGAUUGUAGAAAGACCGCAGCACCUGCUGAUGAGAGUUGCUGUUGGUAUCCACAAAGAUGACAUUGAAUCUGCCACCAAAACUUAUCACUUAAUGGCUCAACGUUGGUUUACUCAUGCUACCCCGACACUUUUCAAUGCAGGAACUCCCCAGCCUCAAUUGAGCAGCUGCUUUCUCCUGUGCAUGAAAGAUGAUAGCAUGGAGGGCAUAUUUGAUACUUUGAAGGAGUGUGCUGUUAUUAGCAAAUUAGCUGGAGGAAUUGGUAUUUCUGUUCAUAAUAUCCGUGCCACUAGCAGUUACAUUCAGGGGACAAAUGGUGCUUCCAAUGGCAUUGUUCCCAUGCUUCGAGUGUUCAACAACACUGCUCGUUAUGUUGAUCAAGGAGGAGGGAAGAGGAAAGGUGCUUUUGCUAUAUAUCUGGAGCCAUGGCAUGCGGAUAUCUUUGAGUUUCUAGAUCUCAGGAAAAACCAUGGAAAGGAAGAACAUCGAGCUCGAGACUUAUUCUAUGCUCUUUGGAUUCCUGAUCUUUUCAUGGAAAGAGUCCGAGGUGAUGGCAAAUGGUCUUUGUUUUGCCCUAAUGAGGCUCCUGGUUUGGCUGAUUGUUGGGGACAGGAAUUUGAAAAACUUUAUACUCAGUAUGAGGGUGAGGAUAGGCCAAAGAAGGUUAUUUCCGCUCGGAAACUCUGGUUUGAGAUUUUAAGUUCCCAGAUUGAAACAGGAACUCCUUACAUGCUCUUCAAGGAUUCUUGCAACAGGAAAAGCAACCAGCAGAAUCUGGGCACUAUCAAGUCUUCAAACCUCUGUACUGAGAUUAUUGAGUUUGCAAGUCCGACAGAAACAGCAGUUUGCAAUCUGGCAUCCAUUGCUCUUACACGAUUUGUCAUGGAAAGGGGGGUACCUGCUGAAUCAGAGUCUUCCAAGAUGGUUGGAAGUAGAGAAUCAAACAACAGAUACUUUGAUUUUGAAAAACUAGCAGAGGUUACAGCGACAGUCACUGAAAAUCUUAAUAAAAUCAUAGAUGUGAAUUACUACCCCGUUGAAACUGCAAAGAGGUCAAAUUUAAGACACAGACCAAUUGGUAUUGGUGUUCAGGGUCUUGCUGAUACCUUCAUCUUGCUUGGCAUGCCAUUUGAUUCCCUGGAGGCAAAAAAGCUAAACAAAGACAUAUUUGAGACCAUAUACUACCAUGCACUGAGAUCUUCUUCUGAGUUGGCAGCUAAUGAUGGCCCUUAUGAAACAUAUUGUGGAAGCCCUGUGAGCAAGGGAAUUUUUCAGAUGGACAUGUGGGGUGUGACACCAUCAGAUAGGUGGGAUUGGGAUGCUCUUAGGGAAAUGAUCUCCAAAAGUGGUGUAAGAAAUUCCCUUCUAAUAGCACCCAUGCCCACUGCUUCAACAAGUCAGAUUCUUGGCAACAAUGAAUGUUUUGAGCCUUAUACAUCCAACAUCUAUAGCCGCAGAGUUUUAAGCGGUGAAUUUGUUGUGGUGAACAAACACCUACUUCAUGAUUUAACAGAGAUAGGUCUGUGGUCACCAGCUCUUAAAAACAAGAUAAUAUAUGAAAAUGGCUCGGUUUCAAAUAUCCCCGAGAUUUCUGAGCAGCUGAAAUCUAUCUAUAAGUACGGAUUUCUUCAUCUUGCAGAAUUACUAUGUGAUAUCAAGACAGUGUGGGAAAUCAAGCAAAAAACAUUGGUUGACAUGGCUGCUGAUCGUGGAUGCUACAUAGACCAAAGUCAGAGUCUGAGUAUUCACAUGGAACAGCCUGAUCUUGGGAAACUAACUUCCCUACAUUUCCAUGCUUGGUCAAAGGGCCUGAAAACAGGGAUGUACUAUCUGAGAACACGUGCUGCUGCAGAUGCUAUCAAAUUCACAGUUGACACAACUGUUCUCAACAAUGGAAAUGCUAACAAGGCAGAGGAUGAUGUUAAUGCUGAUAUCGCACGGUUUGUAUGUUCAUUGCAGGAUCAGGACGGGUGCAUGGCUUGUGGAAGUUAA